AGUUCUUUUUCGUUCCGAUUCCGACGCUUUUGUUCUUUUCAACGCUUGCUCGCCAGCGCCUGUCAUCUGUUUUGCCCUUUUGUAUGAUCUUGAUGUUCUUUCUGAUGCGUUGACUCCUAAUAUCUUCGUGUUCGUUCCCCCCCGGCCCCGCCGAGUCCUCGUCUGGCCAUGACUCCGGGCACCGGUACCCUCCGGCGCGGCCGUGCUCGCGCGAAUCCUGCCGGCUUGCUCCAGCGGAGUGCGCAUUUCACCGCGGCGGACUACCAACCAUUACAUGGAAACCAGCGUCUGCAUAAUUUCCGGUGGAACUUUCUCUCCUUCCUCCUCCUCUUCUCAACAUUUUACUCAUGCUUCGCCACCAAGACCAUCGUUUUCAGCUACGACAAGCGCGAUUUCGACGAAGUGCCCUGGCUGGCCGGGUUCCGCGAGGUCAACGGGCUUUAUGCGUACCGCUGGGGCUAUGAGUACCGGUUCUACGACCGGACGAGGUUUCACUCCGACGUUAUGGCGCAAACGUGGGUGAAGGUGUUUAUACAUCGCAAACGCAUCGCGCACGUACUAGUAGUUGUAGUCAUUGCAUGACAAAUUUUUUCAGCAUUAAAAAUGAAACUUGUCGUGCUGAAUGACCUAGGAAACCAGAUUUGUCAUGGGUGACUGCAAUCAGAAGUACGGGGGCGAGAAUUUUGCGGUGGAUAGUGUUUCUCGGGUAUCAACUGGUGAUCGAGGAGUUUGGCGCUUGCGGGCACGAUAUCAAAUGCAAAUAUGUCUGGGUCUGGAAACUUGGGAUGCUAGUUUGUGAAUGAUGGGCGUGCUGCAAUACACUACCGCGCAUGGCAAGUUUUUGAGUCCCUAUGUGUUUCGCUUUGCGCAUGGCAAACUGCGUUUUUCUUUUUGCAUGACAGACAGGAGGGCUUUUUCCUCCUGCUCACGCAUUACAGAUUCAACUGUCGUGUGAGACAAGCAUGACAAACUUGCAUUCUUCCAGACCCAGACACUUUUGCAGUUGAUACACGACGCCAUGGAGGAGCUGAAAACAACCAUUCUAGGAGAGGAACUUUACCAAAAAGUGGUCCAGCCACACUCUUUAUUCUGAGUAAAAACGUCCCCGUGAUCCGCCCAGAGUUGUCAUGCAAAUCUGCAUGCCAAUCAAAAAACAAAAAGUUCGUCAUGCGGAGCCCCAUGAAAAACGUUUUCUAGUCGUGUUUUGCAAUUUGUGAUGCUAGAAUCAGCAUGAUAUGCUAGAUCUGUUAUGCUUCGGAACUAGCUAAACAGGAUUACACUACGAGGACAAUAUAAUAAACUUGUCAUGCGAAACAACCAAAGCUGGUUGAUUUGUCUAGCAGAUUUCCCAUCUUGACGCUAGUGUGGUGACAUAAUUUUUGCUCAGGAUACUCUUUCGACCACUACUACGCGGACGACGAGGACUAUGGGAGUGUCAGGAUUGAAAUCCACAAAGUUGAAAUAACUUGUAAUGCAUAAAAUGGAUGAAAGUUGUGACCCAGUUUUCAAGUGGCGCAUGACAAAUUUGGGUAGAGACGAACUCUAGUUUGUCAUGCUGUUUGGGUAAGGAAGACGCCUUUUGUCGUGCUAUUUUAGCAGCUCGGUUUCUAUCCCUCAACAGGCUUACAAUCUGCCUCACUGACCUACUCUGCAAGACAGGCACUCUGUGGGCUGCAUUUUUUGCAUCACAAAUUAUUUCAACUCUGACGAUUUCGAUCCUGACACUCCCAUAAGGACAAAGUGGAGAAAAUCCGACCGGACCCGAAGUACUUGAAGCAUAGAGGGUAUGAAAGCCUCAGGUUGGAAAUCCUCAAAGUGGAAAUAAUUUGUAAUGCAAAAAAAGAACGACGCCAGUUGAAGCGCCAUUAGUAGUCGGCGCAUGACAAAUUUCCCAGGCACUUAAAGCAUGUCUGUCAUGCAGGUUAAGGCAAAGGGGUGCCCUUCUGUCGUGCUAAGCAGCACAAGCACUCCGAUUCUUCACCCCUAGCAGGACAAUAGUCGGCCUCCAUUGCGUCCUCUGCAAUACAGUCUUUUUUGCGUCGCAUUUCAUGCAUCACAAAUCAUUUCCACUUUGAGGGUUUCCAUUCUGAGGCUUUCAUAGAGGGUCGCGACUGUUCCUCGGGGAUUUCAUGUCGGGGAAGACAGAGAAAGAGCUGCAUUUGGCGCAGCAAUGCGACAACGACUUCCAUAUCAAAUGCAAAAAUGUCUGGGUCUGGAAGAGUGCCAGGUUUGUCAUGCAUAUUUUGCAUAACCCAUGAUGCCUGUAAUGCAUGACCUAGCAUCACAGAUCGGAAACGGCCUUCUGAUGCGUAUCCCGCAUGAGAAGCGCCGACUCCGCGCAGGUGCACAAACUGAACUCCUCUUGCUGGUCAUGCAGUACACAUUUUUUCACCUUCCAAAGACAGCAUCACAAGUUGCAACCUUCCAGACCCAGACAUAUUUGCAUUCCAUAUUCCAAAUUAUGUUCCUUGACUCCGACGCGGUGUGGCACGCGCAUGAAAUUAUCCUGUGUAAAAACGUCCCCACCCCAGAGUCAAGAUGGGGAUCUCGCAACACAAAUCUCGAAACAUUGGCAGUCACGCAUGACAAGUUCUUGCAGGCCGUAGUGUAGUGAAGGUUGGCAACGACGCCCGCAUUGUAAAUCCAUCUAAUUAUGCUGUUUACAGCAUUACAAAUUCCAAAACACGAACGGAAAUGCCUAUCAUUGGCGGGAUGCGCAUCACAAAUGGUUCUGUCAUUGCAAAUCUGCAUGACAAUAAUUCUGGGGAGGUGGGGACGUUUUAACUCGGGAUAGAAAUUUCGGUUGAGUCCCUCUUUCCGGAGGAACUGCUAAAAACCGGGGGGAUGAUCGCGACGGCCGCAGACGUAUUCAUUGCAAAAGUAUCGUACGCGUAGUAAUUGCAGUCAUGCAUUACAAAUUUAUUUUUUUCUAAGCUAAAUCCGCAUGACAAAUUCCAUUUGUCAUGCUGAGCGAAUUUGUAUUGCAAUUACUACUAGUACUACGAUACUUUUGCAAUUCAUAAGACGUUUCUGGCGUUGGCGUGCCGUUACCGCAUACCAACGCGUGGGUUGUCCGGGGAGAGUUGGGUCGGGAGUAUCUGCGGAAGUGGCGGUUAUGGGAGUGUCAGGAUUGAAAUCGACAAAGUUGAAAUAUAAAUAAGUAACUUGUAAUGCACAAAAUCGAUACCAGUUGGAAGCCCAAUUUCCAAGCGGCGCAUGACAAAUUUCGGCACCGUCUAUUAAAUCCAGGCUCUCAUGCUGUUUAGGGGCCCCAGAAGGCGUCUUUUGUCAUGCUACUUUAGCAGCUCUAUCGCAGACCACAAACAGGCUGACUGUCGGCCACACUUAUCAUCCCUGCAAGAGAGGCACUGCAAGCGUUGCAAUUUAUGCAUCACAAACCAUUUCAACUUUGACGAUUUCGAUCCUGACGCUUCCAUAGCGGUAUCAGUUCAAGUACAUCCGGCACAUGUGGACACUAUGAAAGCCUCAGGUUGGAAAUCUUCACAGUGAAAGUAAUUUGUAAUGCAAAAAGACGACUCCGGUUGAAGCGCCAUUUCUAGUCGGCGCAUCACAAAUCUCCCGGGCACUCAAAGCAUGUCUGUCAUGCUGGUUCGUGCAAGGGGGUGCCCUUCUCUCGUGCUAGUCAGCACCCCAAUUCUUAAUCCGUAAGAAGGACAAUAGUCGGCCUCAGUUGUGUCCUCUGCAAUACAGUCUCUUUUGCGUCGCAUUUCAUGCAUCGCAAAUUUAAAUUGUUUCCACUUUGAGGAUUUCCGUUCUGAGGCUUUCAUAGACACAAACGGCCGGGGAAAUGGACACCUGCGCCGGGGAAAAGAGGUGGAAAUGUACCAGCUUUGUGUUGGAGAAGAAGGAAAACUUCGACGAGGAGAGAGCAACUACGCAGCUUGCGUCUUCAUCUUCAGCCUCACCAAGUUCAACUUCUAGCGCCGGCGCAACUACAGAAGUAACCGCCCUCCAUAUCCUGAGUAAAAACGUACCCACACCAGAGUCAGGAUGGGGAUUUUGCAACACAAACCUAGGAGUUUUGUGAGUCACGCAUGACAAGUUGCACUCCGCAGUGUAGUGCAGGUUAGCAAGUGCUGCAGCCGCGUCACAGAUUCAUCUGCUCAUCCUGUUCACAGCAUCACAAAUUCCAAAACACGAUUGGAAAUGGCUCUCAUGCGGAUGCGCAUUACAAGUCUUCCUGUCUUUGCAAAUCUGCAUUACAACUCUGGCGUGGGUACGUUUUUACUCAGGAUACUCCAGAAGUCUCUCACCGCCGCAGCCCCGCGGGACUGCAUCUACCCCUACCACUAUCCUAUGUAACAACGUCCCCACGCCAUACGUCAAGAUGGGGAAUCGGCUAGACAAAUCCACAAGUUUUGGCUGAUUUGCAUGACAAAUUUGGGCUCGCCGCGUAGUUCUGUUUGAGGUACUAGCUCAGCAGCAUCACAGAUCUAGUAUAUCGUGCUGAUUGGACCUUGACAAAUUCCAAAAAACGGCCAGAGAGUGCUUCUCAUGGGGCUCCGCAUGAGAAACAUUCUCAGCAUGCAGAUUUGCAUUACAACUAUGGCGUGGGGACGUUUGUAAAUACGAUAACCACGGCUACGACCCCAUGUCGCUGCUGUCUCUCAUAGCGGAGUCGGCCUAUUGGGACGAGAAAACCCACCGCGUGAAGUUCCGCGGUUUCGAGAUUCCCGCGUGGUCGAGAAUGAAUCUAUGAGAGCAGUGCACAACUACUCCCCCUCGUUCUCAUGAAUUUCUCAUGCAAAACACCACCUCCAGACUCUCCCCCCUGUCACUACUAUGCAUGACAAGUUCUGGUAGGAGCCCAAAUUAUAGCACUACUACAUUCCUCCAAACUAAAUUUGUCAUGCAAAACCGGCAUUCUUGCUGAUGCUUGUAUUGCCGUCCAUGCUACGCAAAUGAGGGGGAGGGGGACGAGUUGUGUACUGUUAUAGAAUCUCCCCGCCCCCUGGAACAUCGCGGUUCGACCGAUGCCUAACGGGAAAUGGGUGAAUGGAACGCUGGGGCACCACUUAUGGACGUGUCAGAGUUGAAAUCGACAAAGUUGAAAUAAUUUGCCAUGCAUAAAAUGGAUGCCAGUUUGAACCCAGUUUUCAAGUGGCGCAUGACAAAUUUUGGUGGUCCCUAAAUCCAGUUUGUCAUGCUGUUUGGGCAAAGAAGAGCGAUUUUUUCAUGCUACUCUAGCUGCUCGAUCUGUAACCCCAAACAGGCUGGCAAUCGGCUUCACUUGCCUGCUUUGCAACACACGUACCUCGGGUCAUGCAUUUUAUGCAUUACAAAUUAUUUCAACUUUGACGAUUUCAAACCUGACGCUUCCAUACCACUUCCUGACCCUCGAACACGACGACACGGAGCUGACGUACAGACGAUGGAAUGCAAAUAUGCCUGAAUGUCUGGAGGGUACCAACUUGUGAUGCUGUCUUUGGACGCUAACAAAAUCUGUAUUGCAUGAAGACCUUUGCGCUACGCGGAAAUAGUUCACUUUGCGCUACGCGGAGUGGGCAUUAUUUCUCAUGUGGAAUACGCAUCGGAAGGCACCUGAAAAUAGAUCUGUGAUGCUAGGUCAUGCAUUACAGGCACGAUGGGUUGUGCCAAAUAUGCAUGACAAACCUGGCAAUCAUCCAGAGUCCAGACAUAUUUGCAUUUGAUACAGACAGAACCAGUACUACAUCUGGUGGAAAAGACGCAGAUCAGGGUUGAAGACGAAGAAGUGGUGGGUGACGCCUUCAUCUACUACGAGUGCUGCAGCUACACCAUAUCUAGGAAAAAACACCCAUCCCCAUCCAUGUUCUUUUGCAUGAGAAAGUACGCUGGAAGUGAUGUUGCAUGUUGUUGAGCAUGACAAAUUGGAUGGUGGAGUUGGGCGGGAUGGGUCUUUAUUUGUGGAUACACGAACAGGUGGCGCGACUACAACCUCUGGUGCAGAGUCGACAACAGAUGAAAUCUAUGAAAACGAAUUGCAAAAGUAUCGUACUUGUAUAAAUGCAUAUACAAAUUUCCUCGGCAUGGGAAAUGAAAUUUGUAAUGCGGAUUUACCUUAGGAAAAAGAUUUGUGAUGCAUGAUUGCAAUACGAGUGCGAUCCUUUUGCACAGGAUGAAAUCAAGCAGUGCUCCGCCCAGUCCCACGACGCGCAGUGCGUGGCCGAUUUGAUCAAGCAGCGCGGGGAAGAUUUUCUGAAGACCCUCGGCCGCGAGCAGCUGCUGACCCAUCAGGUCGCCGGGAACCCGACUAUGAAAACGGAUUUCAUGAUGAAAAUGAUGGGCCACGACUUGAUCGACCACGACCCGAAUUCCCGCGCGCCGGAGCUCCGCCCGACGUUCACGGUGAAAAGGCCACUGCUCUCUGUAUGAAAGCCUCAGGUUGGAAAUCCUCAAAGUGGAAAUAAUUUGUAAUGCAAAAAAACGAUUCCAGUUCGAACGCCAUUUGUAGUCGGCGCAUGACAAAUUUCCCGGGUUGUACUCAAAACGUGUCUGUGAUGCUAGUUAGGCAAAGGGGUGCCCUUCUGUCGUGCUAAUCAGCAGCCCAAUUCUGAACCCGUAGAAGCACAAUAGUCGGCCUCCAUUGCGUCCUCUGCAAUACAGGGGCUUUUGCGUAGCAUUGCAUGCGUCACAAAUUAUUUCCACUUUGAGGAUUUCCAACCUGAGGCUUUCAUACUCUGCCGGUGUGGAGGACGAGGAGAACGAGAAAACAUUAUCGGAAUACAACGAGAGAUCCAUGGACAGCAAGCAGGCUCUCGUCGGCCUCGCGACCCACAUGCACCUGUCAGAACACGGGGAGCACGACGCGUCGGUAAUGAACACGAGAAGGAUACUGCAAGGAAAAAUCCCCCCUCUUGAUACUGAAAGUGCACCAGUCUGAAAUUUUGUGAUGCAGAUUUGUGACCACAAAUCGGGUCUGUCUUGCAGGAAGGCGCGCGCAGGCUGUCCGCCACGUUAUGCAGGCGCGUUGUAAUGCUGUAAGGCCUACAGGGCAGCCGCCUACCAUGCUAGGCUCCUACGCGAAAAGGUCCGCUCCUGGGUUUAGGAUCUGCGUGCAGUCCUCUACUUCUGCAAGAACACAAAUUUGAUUUGUGUAUCCAAAUCCAGCGUCAGAAAUUCGGUUUUGCGAUGGGGAGGGGGGAUUUUUCCUUUUGAGAGAGGAACGACAACAAGAAGAUGGUCACCAUCGCGGACAAAUCCUACCCGGUCGUCUACCCGGUGCGGUGGGUUCUCUGUGCGCACUUCCACUGGAAGAACUAUCGCAAGAAAAAACUGUUUCACUGUGAACCUGUGAUGCAGAGAACGAAACGCCAAAGUGUUUGUCUUGCUACACCUGCAACACAAUGGAUUAUUAACCGUGUUUUCCCUUGGGAAACGCGCAUGGCAAAUUUUCUGUGCCAUGUGUAACAAACUUGUGACGCAGAUCUUGCAAUAAAACCAUCACAGUGAAACAGUUUUUUCCUGCGAUAAGAACCGGGCGAACUACACUAUGCACAACUGCGACCAGCAGCGCUACACGCCGCUGACGUUUCUGUAUUUCACGGAUGAAUACAUGCGGAGACACUGGUACGCAAGAAAAAAACUGUGUAAGUGUAACUCUGUGAUGCAGAACAUGCAACAGAGUCACACCUGUCAUGCCAGGCAACCACGAAGUCCUCUUUUCGUGUUCGUCUUCCCUCAGGAGCCACGCAUGACAGGUUUUCUCUGGUGAUGUCAUGUAGAGCAUAUUUGUGAUGCUGUCAGCCAAAGAAAGUUACAGUAACACAGUUUUUUUCUUCCAUAACUGGCCCGCCGUGAAGUUCACCAGCAGGCCGAGCUGGCUGCUGCGGAUCGACCGGUUGAAGCUGGAGCAGGAGGAGGCGUAUCAAAUGCCAAUAUGUCUGGGUUUGGAAGGAUACAAGCUUGUCAUGCUGCCUCUGGAUUCUACAAAAAUCUGUAUUGCAUGAGCAGCAACAGCAGUCCAGUUUUGAUUACGCAGACAGAGUAUUACUUCUCAUGCGGUAGAGGCAUGAGGAAGCCGAAGCCCUCGCAUCAAAAUCUGUGAUGCUAGGGCAUGCAUCGCAGACAAGACAUCCCGGGUCUUCCAAAAUCUACAUGACAAACUCCUACACCCUUCCGGACCCAAACACUUUUGCAGUUGAUAAGGCGGAUAGGCGGAUCCUAACCGAGCCUGAUUUACUUGAGAAAAACGUCACGCUGCGAAAACUGAAAGACACCUGGAUCGAGCCGGAGGCCAAGCAGCGCAGCGAGUUGAUCACGCUGUUCGAGUAUCCUCAGCAAAAACGGGCGGGCCCACACCCCAUAGUCAACGAUUCUUGGUAAAUUUGCAAUACAAGAAGUUUCCAAGUUAAAGUUUUGGAAGUUAUGCAGCAUGAGGACAAGUGUAGUGCGGCUUGUGCUUACGCUUAGCGAGGACAGCCGCAUCACAAAGAUGCCUGCUCAUUCCGCUUACUGCAUUACAAAUCCCAGAACACGACUACAAAGGAAUCCCUCUCAUGCGGAGGACGCGAAUCUCCGUGACAACUAUGGGAUCAGGCCGUUGUUUUUACACAGGAUAACGAGCGGUGGGCCUACGCGGGCCUGUUGAAGUCCGUACAAAGAGCGCCGGUGGAGGUGGGCCUGUAUCCGCAGGGAGAUUUGGGGGUGUUUGAAAAGAUCGCCAGGAUAUUCCUAUGCAUUGCAAAAGUACAGUACUUCUCGUAUAUAAAUGCAUUACAAAUUUCCUCAGCAUGAGAAAUAAAAUUUGUAAUGCUGAUUUACCUAUAACAGAAAGAUUUUGCAUGUGUGACGUAAUGAGUACGAUACUUUUGCGCUCGAUAAUUCCCGAGCACGGCGAACGUGUUUGGGCGGGACGAGCAUUUUCCGGUGUUGAAGCCGUCCGAAGUGCAGGAAGUGAUCGACCUGCAAGAUGCGCUGGAGCACGGGCCGUUUGAGAAGAUUGACGAAACCUUGCUGUUGGAGGAAACCUUGGCAAGGGCGGAGUCGAAGGGAGCGCUGGUGUUGGAUUUGGCAUAGCUUAGUGAAGGGAGGGUCCUUGCGUUAUUGUUGAAAUAAUCGCUUUCCAUUGGCUUGUUUUGAGCAAGGAAAGUAGGUAGGGUGAUAUGGAUGUUGUAGACUGCGCUUUUAUAAUUUCUGGUUUUUCUGGAUGUUGCAGCUUCAUUUGCAGUCCGUCGCAUCGUCUCCAACAGGCUGUUGCACCACAGAAGCGUCAUGCCGAUGAUCCCUAGCGUUUUCUUCG